AUUGACAUUACAAUUGCCUGACAAUCUAUACUUUUGCUGUUCUUGUUUUUCUUUAGUUUUUUAGAAUAAAAAUAAUAGUAAGGUUGUAAAAAAAAAUAUGGACUAAAAAGAUCAGAAAUUAAAUCAUUUUCAGUCGCACACGCCACACAAAGUAUGUUCAGAGACAAAUUAAUUCGAAUCUUUAGGAAUGCACAGCGUUUUAGCAGUGCAAAAGUCAUUAAAAUACGAAAUAUCGCACCGGUUACAUUGGGCUUAUUAACCACAGUUUCUUGCGAAGAUAAAAAGAAAAAAGUAGAUGUAACAUGGAAUCCAGACAGUUUAGAACAUGAAUUUCUGAUCCGACAAGCUACAACCGUGACUGUGAACGCGGCGACGCAACUUCUUACAGUUACAUUAGUCGCUGUUCAGGACACUAGUGAAAGGUUAAGAGAAGCCCUAUCAAAAGAAAUAUGCCUGGUGAGACAAGCACUUGAAUGGGGUGAUGAUGGCACUCCACCAGAUCACUGGGACCAGUUGGUGGCAGUCAGAGGUUCUUUAUGUGACCUUAAACACAAUUUAAGAAAUCUUUUCAGUUACAUGGAUUAUGCAGAAAAGUUAGCAACUACAGCUGCUGAAAUAUCAUAUUUGUCAGGAAACAUAGCAGCCUCUGAUGCUAUAUGUGAAAGAAUUGACCAUGCAUGCAGGGCAUGCAACACUCAGAAGCAAUUAACAAACAUAUUGCAGCAAGAGAGCUUGGAGUUACAGCAACAGGCGAUCAUCAAUGCGCCGCAUCUUGAGGAUAAACUGAAAGCAACAGAUGAUAUUAAGAAGUCAGUUAUAAAGUAGAUGCAAUAAAUAUUUUUUUUCUAGAAUAAGCACCAGUUUUUCUAUUGUCUAAAUAGUUUUUAUUUGAGUCCGACUUUUUGAUAAUGUUCUUUACAAAAUCUGCCCAUGCAAGGAAAUAAAGCAUAUGAAAAAUAGGUUCUUUAGGCCCUCUAGAUAACGAAUUUUGAAAAUAUUGCAAACAUGACAUUACUAAUAAAGUAUUUAUAAUGUUUU